AUGGAGCACGACAUCGCGCACGGUGACGGCGCUGUCCCGGCAGGCCAAGAAGCAUUCGAGGUGGCUCAGGAGGUUGAGCAGGAGGAGUUCAGCGACUCUGAGUCGGGCUCCGAGUCCAUUGAGAUCUCCGACCUAAAGCGCCGCAUGUGGAAGGACCAGAUGCUGCUCAGCAAGCUGGAGGGGCGCGCGGGUACCUUCAGGGCCGCCGGCGGGGCGGGCCCGUCGUCCAGGCCGCUUGCGCCACCGACGGCGGACGCGGACGGGGAGGAGGAGGAGGAGAACCCCGAGGUGCGGUGCCGGCGGAAGGCGAUGCUCCGCGCGCAGGACGGCGUCCUCCGCCACAUGCUCAAGAUGAUGGAGGCCUGCAACGCGCGCGGGUUCGUGUACGGCUUCAUCGACGAGGCCGGCGAGCCCAUGUCCGGCUCCUCCGACAGCCUCCGCGGGUGGUGGAAGGACAACGUCAGCUUCGACCGGUCGGGGCCCAUGGCGCUCCCGGCCCCGACCGGCGAGAGCCCGCUGGGGGCCGCGUCCUGCAUCCACCGCCUCCAGGACAUCCAGGACAGCACGCUGGGGUCCGUGCUCUCGGCGCUCAUCCAGCACUGCGUGCCGCCGCAGCGGAGCUUCCCGCUGGAGCGCGGGCUGGCGCCGCCAUGGUGGCCCACGGGGGAGGAGGCCUGGUGGGGCGCCCAGGGCGAGGUCCAGGCGCACCAGGGCGUGCCGCCGUACCGGAAGCCGCACGACCUCAAGAAGGCGUGGAAGAUCUCGCUGCUGAGCGCGGUGAUGAAGCACAUGAGCCCGCGCUUCGACCAGAUGCGCAAGCUCGUGUGGCAGUCCAAGCGGCUGCAGCAGAAGAUGAGCGCCAAGGAGACGGAGACGUGGUCCAAGAUCCUGCGCCAGGAGGAGACGCUCAGCCGCCGCCUCAAGAGCUCGCUCAAGAUCACGCCCCUCGACGGCGACGGCGGCGGCGACGACGAGGCGGAGGAGGACCGAGACGGCCUGGAGGACGUAGUCCGCGGUGUGCACGACAAGCGCAAGCGCGAGCUAAUCAGUACAGGAGAUGACAGCGGGCGGAGCAGCGGCGGCGGCGAGGGCGGGGAGCUGCUGGUGGCCGGCCUCGUGGCGGAUGAGAAGAACCUUAGCCCGGUCGACGAGCUCCUGAAGCGUUACUACAGCUGCGUGCCUGAUCAGCACGAGAGCUUCGUCGUCGCGCCGGAGGACGAAGCAGGCGUCAUGACGAUGCCUCUCGGAGAGCUGGACCUGUGCGGCGUCGUCGACGAGGUGCCGCCGGACGUGCUGUUCGAUCUCAUCGCGAGCUGCUCGGGAGCGGACGACGCGUUCCGCCUGAUGCAGCAGGACUGA